AAAAACAACCUUGAACUCAAAACGACUCUACAAUAAAUGCUUCAUGUUGUUGUACACUUAAAGGAUGAAGAGGCAUGUAAAACUUGAGUACCAAACAACAAUUAUAAUUUAUUUAUUUAUGUCGGCGUAGUCAGUAUCUGCGUACAAAUGUUACAAUACAAAUAGAGCAAAACAUUCAUAAUUCUGGCGGGAGUGGCAGACACCGCGCGCCAUCACGACGUACCGUAGUUCGUUGUCGGCCGGCUGUGUCUGUGUUAGUUAAAGUGUCGGCGGCGGCGCGGUGCGGCGCGGCAGAGAUACUCGCCAGCCGUCUCGCUACGACUACAGCCCGGAGAGGCGAGUCGAGUGCAUUGCAACAUGCAGGAGGGACAGAGGCAGGCAGGCGGGCCCCCACUCUACCCCGCGUUACCGGCCGCCCGCACGCCAGUUUGCCGUUGAGCGUCUCUAGCGGCGCAGGCAUUUCGCAAUGGAAACGUCGUAGUCGGCGUUGUUCGCGUCGGUUUCACAUCUCGUGUGGCUUUGUUUAGUGUUCAUUGACAGUGUAAUUGGUGUUCUUACCAUAGUGAAGAUGCCGCCAGUGCGACAUGGCGACGCGUAGUUGACAUGUCGCUGAGCGCGCCCGUCCAGGCGGUGCGCGGGACUAGGACCAACAGCCUCGACCAACUCGAUUUUCAGGAGCGCAGGCAACUGAUUGCGAGCUCGUUAUCUCUUACUGAUUUCUUACAUGUCGGGGCAAAGGAGGUGGCAGCAGUCGCCGCUAAAAAACAAAAUGGCUCGGCUGUACGCACGAACAGUUUGGGGUCGGGCGCGCGCACACCUCCGGCUGAGCGACCCAAGUCGAAGUUCUCAGCCUUUGGUAGACUUUUUAAGCCGUGGAAGUGGAAACGGAAAAAGAAAUCAGAAAAAUUCGAAGCUGCUUCUAGAACCUUAGAAAGGAAGAUAUCCGUCCGAGCGAAUAGAGAUGAGUUGGUGCAGAAAGGUAUCCUCUUACCAGAGAGCCCGGUCACACCCGUACCCGAAGUGGAUGAGCCAUUAUCACCGAGCCCCGGUGACGAGGCUCGCGCGGGCGCGGGCAGCGCGGAGCAGGCGGCGCAGGAGCGGCUGGUGGGCAUGCACGCCGCGCUGCAGGCUCAGCUCGCCUCGCAGCUGGCGCAGCAGCAGGCCGCGCUCGCUGCUGCCGUCGCCGCCGCCGCAGCCGCUCAUCAUCACCAUCAAAACAAUAACGUCAUUGAACCAAAGAAAGACAAAUUGGAGAAUGGUGGCGAGCUGAUGAGGCCCGAGCGCCCGAACUCCUUGACUGGCAAAAUUCCUCGACGAAUAUGCUACCAGGGAGAUGUCGUGGGUGGUUACGGGUCGACGGCCGACGGCGGCGGCGGCGGGGACAUGGAGGAACAGCUGAUGUUGUCGGAGCUGCCGGAGCCGCCGAUCGCUCUGUCCGAGAUCGGGCCCAUCCCACCGCCCCCCAUGUUCAGCUCACCGAGUCCCACGCGCCACCACCACCAGCACCAACACCAGCACCAGCACCCACACACACACCAGCAUCAGCAUCAACAUCCCCACCCUCAGCAUCCGCUAUCGCAACAUCCUCUCUCUGACUCCGAAGAGGAGGACGAACAGGAGGACGAUGAAGUAGAACCACUGAACCUUGGCGCGGACACGUCCCGCGUCGAGGAGAUCCCGCCCAAGGAGCCCAUCUUCAACGCAGUGCCGCUCAAGUCGGCGCUCAAGAAGCGGCCCGCGCCGUCCGCAUCGCCAGCGUCCACGCCCCUCGCCACGCCGCUAGCCCCGCGGCAGGACCAUCAUCACGCCAGCUUCAAGCGGCCGCCGCCUAAACCGAGGAUCCGCAUAUGCAGCAAUCGUCCGGUGCGAGUUGGCAACGGUAUGGAGAACAAGGAGAACGCUCGUCCGUGGGAGGAGUACGAGCAGUCGAACGAGUCGGACCGCGUGGCCGCCAAGCUGGCGCGCAAGGAGAGCCUCAACAUCAAGCUGGCGCUGCGCCCCGACCGCCAGGAGCUCAUCAACAGGAACAUCCUGGUGGUGCAGAGUGAGCACGAGCGGCAGGAGUCCUGGGAGGCCAUCGGCGCGCGCCUCAUCCGCCGCCUGUCCAUGCGGCCCACCGCCGAGGAGCUCGUCGAGAGGAACAUACUCAAAAGUCAGUCACCCGCCGAGGAGAAGAAGCAAAAAGAAGAGAAAAAACGAUACCUACUGCGCAAGCUCAGCUUCCGACCCACUGUCGACGAACUCAAAGAGAAGAAAAUUAUACGCUUCAGCGACUACAUCGAAGUUACACAGGCUCACGACUACGACCGGCGCGCGGACAAGCCGUGGACCCGGCUGACGCCGCGCGACAAGGCCGCCAUCCGCCGCGAACUCAACGAGUUCAAGAGCUCCGAGAUGGCCGUUCACGAGGAGAGCAAGCAUCUUACUAGAUUCCACAGACCAUGACGGCUGUGCCUUAGAACCAGAGCGGAGCGUAGCGGGUGAGCGCGGCCGGGCGUCGCCUCGGCCCGCGCGGGUGUCGCGGCCUGCUCCCGGCCCACUGCGCGACUGGGCCCUCCACCGGCCCGGCCCACUUCCCGGCCCGGCCCGCUUCCCGACUCGGCCCACCACCGGCGCGGCUCGCUCUUCGCUACGAGCGCCGCACCUUCGUCGACCACCGGCCGCGGCCGCACCUGUGAUUUUUAAUGUUAUUUAUAUUGACUUCUUCCGUUUUCUGGAAGAUUUGAAUGCAAUAACUUACCAGAACGCAUCGGUAAAGUGUUGAAUAUUCUAAAGUUGCGUUGUACCGCCGUUUUGACGUUACGUUUUGUACAUGCGUACUGAGAGUGCAAUUUUGUUUUUUAAUUUACCUACUAUGUAUCGUAGUUAUUGCCGAGUACAAUUAUUGUCAUUAUGGUAUCGUUUUAAUAUUAUUAAGUUGACGUAUUCUAAGCAUAACUAUACAUUCUUUGAAUUGACCUUCGAGAAAGGUUAGUGAUACUGUUUAUUGUGGUGGAGAUUAUGCGCUUUCAAACUCUGUGAAUUGUAUGUAACGUUUACGAGUGUAUUAUUUUGAUAUGUGAGACGUAUCCAUCAUAUUGUAUUUUUUGUAAACUUGUGAUUUUUCUUAUAUUGCUAGCUCUUAGCUCCGUAGUCGUUAAGCUAGAUUCAAUUUUAAACUAUUUAUUUGGCGUAAAAUUUAUACUGUAUUAUGUUACGGUCACAAUUUGUAUUCUUUUUGUUUGUGUGUCGUAUUGUAAGGUAGUUCGAUCACAACAUGAUUCCGCCGAGAGCGGCGCUAAAUGCAAUAUUUUAUAUAAGUACAGCUCUUUUUAUACUUCCCGGACGAACUGUUGAAUUGUUCUAAAUUAAAGUUACAAGUUGCGGCAUUUCUUCGAUGUUAGGUUAUUGAGAUACUGCCACAGAUUUUCGACGAUUGUUUCUUUACAAAUUCAUUUAUGAAAGUGAACUUGAAAACGUAUAAUAUGUAUUCUUACACUGACUGGGGUAUAUUAGAUUUGUGGCGUUUUGUUGACAUUGUGAUCAUAGGUGUUAUAUUGGUUAUGUAGAUACAACGUGUUGAUGAAAGUGCGCAACUCAGCGGUGUAGAUAACUUUCGAAUGUUCAUUUGAUGGUCUUAAAGUGCUUCCAAAUGUGUUGAGUAACUAAUCCGCAUUGUGAUAAUGGCGCACAGAUGUUAGUUCUAUUACGUAUGGGUAUUCGUUUCUCCCGGUAAUGUACACGAGCCGCGUUUAUUUGCUCAAGCGUAGCCCGAAGCGACUUGCUGCACUACCGCCGCUGAUAUUUCACCUAUCAUCUACCGAAUAUACAUUUAAAAUAAAAAAUAAUAAAAACAAUAAAGUAAAUCUGAAAAAAAAAAGUAGUAAAUGUAUUGUUUACUGUUAAAAUUCAUGUUAUUACUUAAGACCGAAGCAUACACGUCGAUCAUUUGAACAUAGGCACUUUGUUUGUGACUAUUGAUAAGAAUACUGGUCCAGUUAUGAGAUUCCUAAGUACAGGGAUAUACUCGGUGAUUAUAAAACACACUAAUAGAACACAGUCGUUAUUAAAAUAACACAAAAUAUAAUGAGCUCAAUGUAAGACGCGUAACUAGUUGGUAGAGGCUUGCGAGGCCCCGCGGACACCGGCGGGCCGCCUGACACCCAUCUCGCUCUAGCCUAACUCUAGUGUAAGGUAUUCAAGCAUUGAACGAACUAAAUCACUAUUUAAUGAUUGAAUAAGCUAUUAUAAAGCUGUAGCUGUUAAAUACAUUAUUAUACGCCUUCUGAGAUUACGGUCAUUAUUUCAUAAUGUUACACGUUCCGUUUCACGUCGAGACAUUGUAUUUCCUGAUCGGCUCGAUAGUUAGAGAGCAAUAAUACAGUCGGCUCGUUUGGCUGACGAGUGAAAUUAUUUGAAACUAGCGUUGAAACUUUUUAUAUUACUGUAUAGAUUAAUUCUUCUUAGUGUAACUAAUAGAUAGGAAUCAGUUAUAAAUAUUUUUUAAAACGAUGUAUUGUUCAGUAGCGGUGCCAUUUCGUGUGACGUGUGUUAUGGAGGUUCAGAUGUGAUGUCGGCGGGCGCGCCGCCGGGCUCGGGCCGCGGCGAGUCACUGCGCAACACGAACUAUGCAUCAGUCUGAAGAUAGAUUUCUUUACACGUGUUUUUAUAUCGUAGUUAUCCUGUUAUGUUAAGUCAAUGCGUAAUCACAGUACAUUAUACAAAAUUAUGAUAGCAAGCUACAAAAAUGUUGAAUAAUGGUUAUUCUUGAGACCAUUCCAUUAUAGAAUAAAAUGGAAGCCAAAAUGACGACUUAUUUUUCUAAACGAUUUUGUUAGAUUUGCAAUUAAAAUUAAUAAGGUAAAACGUAGAUGUUUAUCGAUAUAUAAUAUUACAUAAUAAGACAUUCAGAUUUUCCAAAGAUCUAUGGCUCAACUAAAUUCUUUUAGCUAGCUUACAUUGACCUCCACUGUAUGUUGCGAUGUGUAUGUUGCCAGGCAAGUUAGUGUGAGACAAGCCUUCCUUCAGGCGUAACAAGCGAUAUUAUUUAUCAAAUCAAAUGUGAUAUAAAUAUUUUAAUUUCUAGUGUUUUAUUAUGAUUGUUACAAUUUCGUCAUAUAAUUGUAAUUCGAUUUUUUCAAUAUGUAUUGGUAUUAUGUAUGUGUUUGCGAUCGUUAACGAUUAACACUUAGAGCGAACUUCUAUUUUCACACGACUGGAAACAGCAAUACAUGCUUAAUUUGUAAGACGAUUAUAUAUCACUUAUGCUAUAUUUAGCGUCACAUAAUCUCAAAAAGCUAUUGACGAAUAUCUGAGAUCAGUCGAAUAUAAUCGAAAUCGUCAAAAUAAGACGAAAAAAUAACCAUCGCAAAACAGGAUGCUUACUAUACGUUUUUAAAUCAGGGUCUUGGUAUUUGUGUAAGACAAGGCGAGUAGAUACGCUUUAGAGUGCGGCGUCUUGCUUCCAAAAUCAAAAAAGUCCUGUUUUAAAAUCUCAUAGUACCAACUGUGCCAAGUGAAGUUUUUCAAUGUUAAGUAAUCUUAAUGUAAAUGUGCGUGUGACUCAGACCGCGCCGAAGUUCAAUGCGACUUAGAUUCCCUCGAUAACAAGUGUUAAUGAAACUUGUAUGUCGUAUUUUAGUACUUUUAAACUAAUCCGAGCAAUGCCAAUUGUGAGAUUACAAUUGUAGCGUAUUUAUAAUUACUAUUUAUUUAUGUAUUUUUAUAUGAUAUAUGUAUACGUAUGUGUGGUUUUCAUAUUCUUUUCUUAUAUGACGCUAAAUAUACAGACAAAAAUCAAUAUAUUUUUGCAGUUGAAUGAUGAACUGUUAUAUUAUCUAAUUUUAAAAUCAACAACGACUUCACGCAUGUAUUGCGGUAAUGAUUUUAAACAAAUUAUAUCGAUAAACAUUCUUUAAAAAUUAUGUCUGUAUAUAAUUUUAUCGUAAUGUAAAUUAUGGAAUCUCUCAUUUCCAGUAAUAUCGUGCGUAAAUUUUUGUGCUAUUACAAUUUAUAAUUGCUAAUCUUCAGUAAUCUGUAUACUGUUGCUUUUAUUUUAACAUCAUGUAAAUUAUUAAUGACUUGUUGUAAUGAGUAUAUAUUGAUAGCUAUAAAAUUACUUGUUUUAUAUAAAGUAAGUCUGUAAAUAUCAUAAUUAUACAUUAAGUUUUAUA